GGGGACGUCGGCGGCGCGCGACGUAGUUCGCAGAAUAAAUGCGGUGGCGCCGGGCGUAGGAGCGCUUCGGCCGGGGCGCUUUUGGGCGUUCGGACGAUUGGUGGCGUUGCGGCCCGCGGCUGAGCCGGCCCUGCUACUCUCUGUGCCAUGGCGGACGAGGGGAAGUCCUACAACGAGCACGAUGACCGUGUUAGUUUCCCUCAAAGAAGAAAGAAAGGCCGGGGUCCUUUCCGGUGGAAAUAUGGUGAGGGGAACCGUAGGUCUGGAAGAGGAGGUUCUGGCAUCCGGUCUUCCCGUCUGGAGGAGGAUGACAGAGAUGUGGCGAUGAGUGAUGCCCAGGAUGUUCCCCGAAUACGACACAACCCCUAUCCUUCCCGACCCAACCGUCGAGGUGACAGUUGGCAUGAUCGAGAUCGCAUUCAUGUUACUGUGCGGAGAGACAGAACUCUUCCAGAGAGAGGAGGGGCUGGUACCAGUCAGGAUGGGACCUCGAGAAACUGGUUUAAGAUUACAAUUCCCUAUGGCAGAAAAUAUGACAAGUCAUGGCUCCUGAGUGUGAUUCAGAGCAAGUGCAAUGUCCCUUUCACCCCCAUUGAGUUUCACUAUGAAAACACACGGGCUCAGUUUUUCGUUGAGGAUGCCAGUACCGCUUCUGCGUUGAAGGCUGUCAACUAUAAGAUUUUGGAUCAGGAAAACCGAAGGAUAUCCAUCAUCAUCAACUCCUCUGCCCCACCCCAUUCGGUACAGAACGAACUGAAGCCAGAACAAGUCGAGCAGCUAAAGCUGAUCAUGAGCAAACGAUAUGAUGGCUCCCAACAAGCGCUUGACCUCAAAGGCCUCCGUUCAGACCCAGACUUGGUGGCUCAGAACAUUGAUGUCGUCCUGAAUCGCAGGAGCUGUAUGGCGGCUACCCUGCGAAUCAUUGAGGAGAACAUCCCUGAGCUUUUGUCCUUAAACUUGAGCAACAACAGGCUAUACAGGCUGGAUGACAUGUCCAGCCUUGUGCAGAAAGCACCCAACCUGAAGAUCCUCAAUCUCUCCGGAAAUGAGUUGAAGUCUGAGAGGGAGUUGGACAAGGUAAAAGGGCUGAAGCUGGAAGAGUUGUGGCUCGACGGAAACCCGCUGUGCGACACCUUCCGAGACCAGUCCACCUACAUCAGGAGAUGUGCAGCCCUGAGCUGGAACCACCUGUCCUUUGGGAGGAUCACGUGCUCCUCCCUUCGUCUGUCCGUGUGUCCCAGCUUGGCCCCGAGGUUUCCUUUCCUUUCUUCUCACCUGACUACCUAUUUGCUGUUCUGUGGUCUUUCCUCUUCCCGAACACAGCCUUUUCUAGAGUCUCCCUACCCUACUGUUCCAGGAAGGGCAUCUCCCGCUUUCUACCACGACCAGGGGGUGUCUUGCGUAUAUGUCCCAUACAUGGAUCUGCCUUGUGCCAAGAGCCUGGUAUCCCUGGGCCGAGAAAGGCCUCCCUCCCUGGGAUUUCCCAUUGAUGGGCCUUCCCUUCUUUGUCCGGUGCUGGCCCCUCUUGCCGUUUUGCCAAGAGGGACUCUUGUCAUGGUCCACGUGCCCAAGGCCGUUGCCUGGGCUUUCCCCCUCGCGCUGAGGUUGAGGCCUCCUCGGAGCUGGUGCCACGCACUCUGUCUCUCUUGCCCGGAGCUGUGAGCUGGGCCCUCCCUGGAGAAGAAACCUGGGUUCCCCAAGCCAUGUGACCAGAGCCGGGGCCCCUCGCCCAGCAGGCGAGGGAAGCCCAAGGCAGGCGCUGGGCGUGGAGGCCACGGGGGCAUAGGCUACCGAGGAGACACAGAACUGACCCUCUCGGGGGGCGCUGCCCCGCCCUCACUCGCACACCUCACAUCACCCUGCUUGGCCCCGGAGGAUGGCUGGUUAGCCAGAGACGGGUAAGAUUCCUCAGGGAAGGAACAACCUAAGACAGGCACAGUCGCAGAGGGGCCAUCAGGAGAGAACUUGGGGGCCAACAGAGGUGGGGCACAGACCCUCACCCCCCCAACUUUGCAGGGGCCUGAACCCUCACCUCUUCUGAGGGAGGUCUCCUGCCCCCAUGGCUGCUUCGCUUCCCACGCCCAGCUCAGAUCGGGACCCAGGUAGCGGACAGAGACCUGGCCAACAGCAACUGCCCUCCGGCUGCAGCAAGAAUUUGUUUUCCGUUUGUACCUUGGACCACGGGGAAAGGGGCAGCCAAAGGAAAAGGCUGUGUUGGGUGUCUUCUUCCCUUUUUUCUUCCUUGUUUUCCUGAAUGCCUCCUCGCCUUAUAGUUCUUUCGCUUUUUCUUUGCUUUCUCUUUCUUUUUACUCUCUACUUCCCUCUGUCUCCCCAUCUCUCCCUUGCCCCAGCCCCAUCCUGCCUUCUCUCUCUUUCUCUUCUUUUCCUUCCUUGUCUUCUUCCUUCACCUCCCCUCUUCCUGAACCCCCCCACUCCGCCUUGCUCAUCUCCCUGCCCCAACAUCCUGUGCCAUCCCUGUGGUGUGUUCUGGUCUUGGCCACGGCCAGACCAGGCAGAACUGAUGGAUACCUGUUGAGGCAGCGGAGCCCUUGGGCUCCCACCCCAUUCCCUCCUCCCGGGGCUGCACAGGUGAGUAGGUGGAAGGUAAGGGGGGCAGGGAGGGGAAGGAGGUCCUGGCUUAAAGCCUGGGCUGGGAGUGCUGCUCUGUGGCGCUCGGGUCAGGCAGCAAGAAGAGAGUCAGCCUUCAAGGCAGUCAUUUCUGGGUGCCCCGGGUGAGGUGGGGAGUGGGGCCUCUUUCCCCAGAGCUCCGAGGCUGGGGAGGAGUGAGAGGGCAAGCGGAUGGGGUGGGCGGUCCCUUGGGCAUUGGAGUGUUUGCUCCUAGAGCAGCUCAGGAGGCACGGUGGCUCUGAAGCAUCACUCACUUCUGUCCCGUUUUUGACAGCGCCAUUCGAGAACGAUUUCCCAAAUUACUAC